CUUCCGACGUUGGCUUUGGGAGAUAUUAUUAUUAAAUGAUAUUUCAGUCCCACGGAGUCGUUUUUGUCACCACGUGAAGUCAAGGCCGUUGUUGGAAUUUCACGACUCGUCGGAGAAGCAGCGAACAAACGAACUACCACCAAAUCCAGGCCGCUUUUAUUUGUCUUCUUUAUUCGUUUGUUUUAACUGGUGGUGGACAUGUUAUAACAGCUAACGGUCGAGCGGUUACGGGGUAGCCGUUGGAGGAAUGUGUCGCCUUUUCCUGACGUUAGCUCAGCCGAGGCUACAUGGCCCACAGUAAUAACAUGCUCCUGGCGUCCGCUGUGGUGGUGUGGGAAUGGCUGAACGAACACGGACGGUGGCGGCCCUACAGCCCCGCCGUCUCCCACCAGAUCGAGGCGGCCAUCCGGAGCAGCGACCCGCGCGGAGGGAGCGUGGUACUCGGCCAGGUGGACAGCCGGCUCUCGCCCUACGUCAUAGAUCUCCAGACCAUGCACCAGUUCAGACAAAACACAGGGACCAUCCGGCCGGUGCGGAGAAGUUUUUAUGACCCGGCCUUGGCCCCGGGUCAGGGCUGGCAGUGGGAGUGGGAAAACGACACGGGAACAUGGACGCCGUACGACAUGGAGGUGGCCAUUGCCAUUGAGAGCGCCCACAGUCGCCAGCAGCUCGGCCUCGACCUGACACCGCUUGGUUUCUGCUACCUCAUUGAUUUUCAAAACAUGACACAGGUGAACAGACAGAGCCAAAGGUGUCGGCGGAUCCAGAGGCGUGCUGAUAUGGCUUAUCCUCUUGUGUCCGGUCCACUUCCCUUACCCAAAGGCGGCGGAGGUGGAGGCCUAACAGGUGGCCUUCUCGGUGUUGGAGUGUCUGGGUCCAGCAUGGGUAUCGGAAAAUCUGUCUACCCCAACGGAGGCUUGCCGGCUAGCGGACUGGGCCAGCCUUGUUCUUGUCAGCAGUGCAUGCUGGUCCAUAGUGUGAAAACCAAUACACGAGGAGGGGGAGGGGUAGUAGGAGGGAUACAGACUCUAGGUAGACGCUCACUCACAAUGCAGCAGCCCAAGAACUCAGCACCCAGUGCCUCCAAACCCCUUAGUCCAUCUAAAUCAGCCACUCUGGGGCAAGGACAACACCAGAACUCAAACUACAACUACCAGACGCUGCCGCACGGCCUCGCCAUUUCUAAAAACACAGCCUCUCCGAGAAGGAACGCCCAGCUCUUUGCUCAGUCACUCGCAGCGCUCACCGCAGGCACCUCCUCUCUGGGUAUCUCCUCGUCUUCCAGUCGGCCACCUCCGCCAUCGCUCCCACCCCCUCAGCCUCCAUCAUCCAACCCAAAUCUGAACCCUCUCUCCAUUUCAACAAAGCGCUCCCCAUCUCCAACGAAUGACUCGGUGCCAACCGCCACGCUGAUCACCCCCGCCAGCAGUGUGACAAGCCCUCCUUCUCCCGUGCCAUCCCCGUCGCCAGCAGUAAUGAAGCCACACCACACGCCGUCCACCACAGCAACAGUGUGUCAUGCUCCGUUGCCGCAGAGAUCAAGUUUAGUCGGGCUGAGCAGACCAGUGCUCCAAAGGAUUGCCAUGGCCCAGUCCAGAGCGCUCAUCGCGUCAGGCGUGCCCACUGUCCCAGUGAAGAACCUCAGUGGAUCCAGUCCUGUUCACCCUGCGCUGGCUGGGAUCACCGGGAUCUUGAUGAGUGCCGCCGCGCUGCCUGUGUGUUUGACUCGGCCGCCUAAACUUGUGCUGCACCCUCCGCCUGUCAGCAAGAGUGACAUCAAACCCGUGCCGGGCUUUGGCCACUGCUGCAGGAAGACCACCAAGAAGCAGGUUCGCAAAGGAAAAACUCCAGAGGAGGUGGUGAAGAAGUACCUGCAGAAAGUAAAAAGCCCACCAGAGGAGGACUGCACCAUCUGCAUGGAGCCACUGGGGGGUCCAUCUGGAUACAAAGGUCCAGGGGUGGGACCUGUUUCCAGGGCCGAGUCAGUGGGACGCCUCGCACAGUGUGGACACCAGUACCAUCUCCAGUGUCUGGUGGCCAUGUACAAUAAUGGCAACAAAGAUGGCAGCCUUCAGUGUCCGACUUGUAAAACCAUCUACGGUGUGAAGACGGGCAACCAGCCAGCAGGGAAGAUGGAGUACCACGUCAUCCCCCAUUCGCUCCCAGGGCACCCGGACUGCAAAACCAUACGCAUCAUCUACAACAUCCCACCAGGCAUUCAGGGACCAGAGCACCCAAACCCAGGGAAGCCUUUCACCGCCAGAGGCUUUCCGCGACACUGCUACCUCCCAGACAGCGAGAAAGGAUGCAAGGUGCUGAGACUUCUCCUGGUGGCGUGGGACCGCAGGUUGAUCUUCUCAGUUGGCACUUCAAGCACUACUGGAGAGUCUGAUACGGUCAUCUGGAACGAGGUCCACCAUAAAACAGAGUUUGGUUCCAACCUGACAGGUCACGGCUUCCCCGACCCCGGUCACCUCGACAACGUGCUGGAUGAGCUCCGAGCUCAGGGCAUCACGGAGGACGACGGCUUGAUGGAAAAGUGAAGCAGAAACGAGGGAGCGGCUGCCAAGACAUCAGUGAGGAACGAAGUAGCAGUCUGAAGGAGGAGCGGGGAGGGGAGGUCCUGGAACCAGACCCGGCUCUCCCUGCCAGCACUUAGAAUGGGUACAGGGGGAACAUUCAGGGGUUGUAGAAGACAUUUCAUUUUGAUUUUUGGCACUGUGAGCCACUUCAGAGUUCAUUCAUCACCACGACACAGCCCAAAAGCACAUCGGCAGGAAUGGGAGGGAGUUUGAAGAAGCAGCGAGGCAGAAAGUCAAAUGAAAAAGUGAUGGCGCUCAGUUUCUCUUUAGGUACUAAAGUUUUAAUGUGUGAAAAUGAGCCGGUACUAAUCCAAAAAAAAAAAGUUUACUAAGAGGAGCAGCAUGCAGGGAGAGAAGGAGAAGUCAGAGCAGUUCAAUAUGAACUGGGAGAGAAAGGACAAAGGGAGAGCAGGAAGAGGAGGAGGAAUGGAGAAGAAGAAAGAAGGCGUACGGAUGUAGCGUAAGAUAGGAGUAGAGUAAAAUUAACCUUUAUGGUACGUUGCUGGUACUUAUCGCCAAAACCACACGUAAAGAAAGAAAGAAUUAAAAUGAACUUUGCUGCUUUCUUCAAAACCAGCCACUUCUUCUUUGGAGGAAUUUUAGUGCUGCUGCGCCCCCUUGUGGCGAUUCUGCUCUAAACUACACCUCAGGUCGUAAGCUCACGGGAACAAAUGAAAAUGCAAGUUAUUUUUGACCUUUGCCACUAUAAUCCUCAUUUAACACUAUUCCAUAUUUUACCUCUUUAGUCUUGACUUGAUUUUUAUUUUUAUUUUUUAAUGCAUCUUAUGCUGUGUACGUUUAUGACUGUACGAAAAAAUAUAAUACGGCUUGGUCCGCUAUGGUACCAGUUAAUAACAGAACUGCAGGUGCUGAUAUUCACAUUUUUAUUGUUAGUUUUAUGUGCGUUUCACAAAACACAAUGUCCUUUUUUAUUUUUUUUUUAUUUUUUUACUUUAUAAAAGUGGUGCUUUUAUAAAGUUGAGCACGUUGGGUUUGAUGUUUGAAACCUAGUCAGUGAGCCUUGUCCAUCCUGGGCUGUGCUCUGCUUGGGUGUGGAGGGUUGUGGAGGAUGGAGAAGAUAAAAAGAGAGGCAGGACAACAGGUCGUGACCCAAACUGCACAAGAACACUGUCCUUCUGAAAUCAAAUAUAAAUUUAAAUACAGUAUUAAAGGUCGUAGCACCUGUUUGGGCAGAUAUUGUCCAAACCAGAAUCAUUUGAACAAAGAAUUUGUGAUAGCUGUUGUGCAAAUUAUGCACAACCAAGCAAACCUAAAAUCAGUUCUUCUUUAGCCCUGUGAUAGACUGGCGUCAUGUCCAUGGCGUACUCCACCUCACGCCCUAUGACGCCCUAUGGAUAGGUUCCACCCCCGUGACCCUUGAUUUGAGUAAGCAGGUAUAGAAAAUUAAUGAAUGUUAUAGCAGAUAAUGUUCACCAGCACUACUCAGAAACCUGUAAAAGUAAGAAAUUUAUUUCAAGAGGCCAGAAGGUGUAUUGAGGAGCAACAAAAGAAUGUGCACAAAUUACUAAUUAGUAUGUUUUGAAUUAUUUAUUUUUUGCUAAGCUACAACUUUCCAGAAUUACAAAUGAUGGAACAUGAAGGUUUUCUGCCUUGAUCAGUGUUAAAUGCACACAAAUUAUUCUUUUAAGAGGCAAAAAAAGUAGUGUCAACAUGUUAAUCAAAAAUAGCACCAUUAAGUAAUUUGUGCACAUUUUCACCCUUUGUUUCUCACCGCUGCUCUCUAUUAUUCAAAAAUAUUUACUCAAAAACUUGUUUUCCUCAUGUGAUAUGUGAGGAGUUAAGUUUGCAGGAUGGAUUGUUGACACUAUCGGUAUAACCACAGAAUGGUAAAAAAAAAAAAAAAAAAAUGCUGAAUUUAUGCACUCGAAUUAAUAAGCCUUCAUUUUGGAUUAUUUUGUUUUAUUUUCGGUACAGUAACCCGUUUUGAAGAAGGUUUGGUGGAAAAAUAUUGAUCUGUACACUGAAAAAGAUUUCUCAAAACAGUUAAUUUCCAAAACUGAUGUUGAUUAAUUUAAUAAUUGAUUAUUAGUUAGUAGUUGUAGCUCUGCUGAGGAGUGAAGUGGAAUCUGGCUGAUCAGUUGAGUUUCCAGGGUUUGAACUGGAAAGUCCUUCAUUCAGUGUUAAUCUCUAAUGACAUGUCUUUUUUUUUUUGAAAAACUGUCACUAAAAGUUUGAAACUAUCAGUAGCAGCAACCGCGAUAGCUCUCUUCUUCUUCUCUCUACCUCCAUCGACUGAUCACACAACCGCCCACUUUGUCUGUAAAAUAAUUUCUUUGUCCUAUUAAAACGCCUGUUUGUGGACCAGCGAGAACUCUGUACUGUGUAUACGACACCAGCAUGCUCCCCGUUUAGGCUUUAUCGUCACGGCACUCCAUGGAAGUCUCAUCACCCUUUGAUGACAGCAGCUACUAUUUUUUUUUAAAUAAUGGGACACUUUUUCGUUUUUACAAUAAAACCACUUUUGUUGAUACUGUCAUAGCAUAAUUUUGUACGUGUAUCUUUUGUAAACGAUACCCUUAUUUAUCGUUUGUUUACAAAAACCAUGUGGUUAAAUACGGUGUUUGUUUUUAUUUUCUGUUGUGAACAAACGUUAAGGUGAAAUGCAUCACUUUUUCUUUGGAAAAGAAAUUUUGAUGGUGACUUUUUAUCUGAGUGUGAAAUGUAAUGAAUUUUGACAGCAAGUCAAACCCAUGUAUGUACUCUCCUCGUUUGUGGAUUGGAAAAUACGCGUAUACCCUUAUUGUCUCCACGUUGGUUGUCCUUCUGACUGUACUUGUGCCAGUUUUGUUGAGGGUCCUGUUUCCAGAAAGUAUCUCUUCAGUAAUUGUAAUAAAUUUGAUUUAUGUAGCACUUUUCUUACGAAUAAUGAAAUCCAACAGAGUAAAACAAUAAAUGAUGUAUUAAAGGAGAGAUCUGGUAUUUUCUCAGCCUGAGCUCUAGUUGUAGAUGUUGUAUGGUUGAUCUUUUCACGUGGGACAAAAACAAUCAACACAGUAUAGAUUUAGAAUGCAAACACUAAAGUCACCUUCAUAAAACAAAAUACAGUUAGCCGCUUACUUUACGUAAACUUGGUGUUGUUGGGUUGUACCGGCUACAUAAUUUCAAGUUGAUUGCUGAUUGUUUGGUCUUACAAGACGAGCCCCUGAUUGAGAAUCGUGCCGCCAGGCAAGGCUAAGGUAAGCGGCUAACUAUAAUAAGUUAUCUUUAAAACUGUUUCUUUACAUUUAGUGAGAUAAAUACAGGCAUACAUGCUACAAAACACUUCUAAUUUCUGCCUCUUUCGUGGUGGCAAGAAGUAACUUGACAGUUUUUUGGGGGGGGACUUUGCCUGUACAAUUACAUUAUGUAGACACUUAACCCGUGAUGGUAUUUGUGUUCUAUGUCUAGAGUUUAAAGACAAACCCAACAAGAAGUAAAAGAGCACAGGCUGAAAAAUACUAGGGUUUUCCUUUAAAAGUGAUGCAAAAGAAUAUUAAAAAGGGGCUUAUAAAAAAAAUUUUGAGGCUGUGAAACAGGUGCAGAGGAAUCGGCAUCAACAUAACCUUCAAUGCUGUGAAGUUACACAGUUAAAAUCGGAUUAAGGUCAUUUUAGUUAAAAGAUUCUUUGGGGAAAUGGGGCUCGUACCUACAGUGACUGCCAAAGUUGUUCUGUUGCUGGUUCUUUUGCUGUUGGACUCCUUUACAUUCACAUUAGCACAAGUGCUGUUAUAAUGUGCACGGUGUGAUGGAAAAACAACUGCAACGUAA